AUGAAUAUUUGGAUUGCAGCAAGCGACGGGAAGACAGGCAUAGUGAGACAAAUCCUAACCACUCCAAACACGACAUUUACAGCAAACAGUAAAGAUCCUAAUGGGUAUACGCCCAUCCAUGCCGCUGCUGCGUAUGGCCACAUUGAUCUUUUAAGAUCUUUAUGUAGUGAGUUCGGUGGUGAUAUUAAUAUUAGAGAUAAUGAUGGUGAUACGCCUUUACAUCAUUGUGAAGAUUAUGCCACUGGUAAGGUCAUUGUUGAGGAAUUAGGCGGUAAUUUUACGCUUACGAAUAACGAAGGGAAGACUCCCUUGGAAGUAGUAGAAGAAGAUGGUGAAUCGACUGAAUUGAUUCAAUAUUUGAAAGAAAAAUCUGGGAUCUCUGUAGAGAAUGAUAGUUUGGGAUUGAAUGAAGAAGAAUUGAAACAGUUUAAAGAAAAUAUACGUUACACUUUGGAAAAUGAUCCUGAUGCUGUGAGUAAUAAUGAUCCAGAAUCAUUGGCAAGAAGACAAAGACUGGAACAAAUUAUUCAAGGUGACAAUGCUGAACAAGAAUUGGAAAAUUAUAUUAGAGAUCUGGUAAGAUCUCAGCUUUUGAAUGGUCAAUCUGAAGACGACCAAGAUUCCAAACGUCGUAGGUAG